AUGAAGCUUAACAUUGCGAACCCAGCCACUGGCUGCCAGAAGCUCUUUGAAAUCGAUGACGAGCGCCGUGUCCGUGUCUUUUAUGACAAGCGCAUGUCCCAAGAAGUUCCCGGUGACUCCAUUGGUGAUGAAUUCAAGGGCUAUGUGUUCCGCAUUACCGGUGGUAACGAUAAGCAAGGUUUCCCCAUGAAGCAAGGUGUCCUUUUGCCCCAUCGUGUUCGUUUGUUGUUGAGCAAGGGCCACUCCUGCUACCGUCCUCGCCGUACUGGUGAGCGCAAGAGAAAGUCUGUUCGUGGUUGUAUCGUUUCCAGCGACUUGUCUGUUCUUUCUCUCGUUGUUGUCAAGCAGGGUGAGCAAGAUAUUCCCGGCCUUACUGACAAGACCGUUCCCAAGCGUCUUGGUCCCAAGCGUGCUUCCAAGAUCCGCAAGUUCUUCAACUUGAGCAAGGAAGAUGAUGUUCGCAAGUAUGUCAUUCGCCGUGAAGUUCAACCCAAGAACCCCGAAAAGAAGCCCUACACCAAGGCUCCCAAGAUCCAACGUCUUGUCACUCCCGUCACCCUUCAACGUGAACGCCGCAGAAAGGCUCUCAAGCGUAGACGCAAUGUCGCCGCCAAGGAAGCCGCUGCCGAGUACAAGCAACUUCUUGCCAAGCGUACCAAGCAAGCCAAGGAAGCCAAGCUUGAACGUCGUCGCACCUCUUCCAUGCAAAAGUCGGCCUCUGCAUAA